AUGUGUUCAAUCAUUGAUGAAGUUCUGCCCUCCUCCUACUUCUCCGCUGACAGCCUUUUGGGUGUGCAGGCGGACCAGCGUGUCCUCUGUCAACUCAUCUCCGUGUUUCUCCCUCACGUCAACGCCAUUCUUCAACAACACGACGUUGAUUUGCCCUUGAUAACGCUUGGAUGGUUUUUGACACUCUUCUCUGGUGUUUUACCCAUGCAAAUCAUGCUGCGCGUGUGGGAUCUCCUCUUCUACGAGGGAUCUACUGUGCUCUUUCGAAUCGCACUGGCCAUUUUCAAAAUUAAGGAGGAGGCUUUGCUCUCCACAACCAACACGGCCAGUUUCUUCAACGAAAUUUCAAACGCUCCUGCCUCAAUCAAAGACGUUGUUGAACUUAUUACGACUUUUGCCUGUGCUCGUCAUGACGUAUCGCAAUGUUAUUCCCAAUUCAUGACACUCUUUGAUACUUCAGCCAAGGUAAAGGUGUAG